AUGACAGAGCUGCAAGAAGUUGACUUGCAUGCCUCCGGUUUUCGCCGCCGACGGCGGCCACUUCUUGCCGUGAUCCUCGGCUGCGCAGCCUUGGCCGUGGCUGCGCAGCCGGCCUGGGCUUCCCCGAACUUCCGCAGCCUGGGGAGCACGGCGUGCCCUCCACGUGUCGAGCAUCCCGUGGCUUCCCCAGAAGGCCAGGGAAGUGAGGGAGGCCGAGCCGAGGGGCCCGAAGGGCCCGAGGGGCUUGCUCCAGCACGGCGCUCCGUGCUGGGCAUCCUGGCCACGGGGGCCGCUUGGAGUGCAGGCCUGACCUCAGCUUCGGCCUUGGAGGCAGCCGACUGCAAAUCCAUGGCUGAGUGCGAGGAGCUGGGCCGACAGCGCGAAGAGGAGAAGUAUGGCACCAAGCAGGAGAAGACCUUCAAGGUCACCGCGAGCGGAGCACGCUACAAGGACAUCAAGAUGGGGAGUGAAGCCGACGGAGUGGCCAAGGCCGGGGAUGACCUGAAGCUCAAGUAUCGGGUCAUGCGCGCCGGCAAGCGCUCCUACGAUGGCGUGUCGGGUGAGGCCUCGACAUUGUUCUCCCUGGGAUAUGGCGAGGAUGAAGGUCCCAAGGAUGCCACGCUCAGCGCACCCCUCGGAAAGGGGCGGUUCGUCAAGGCCAUCGAGGAAGGAUUGGUUGGCAUGAGUGUGGGCGGCGUCCGGCGGGUCCAGGUCCGGCCCGACUACGGACUUGGCUGGAAGAAGCCAGGGAAGUGCGCAGAGGAGAUCGGAGCAGUUGGCGCCCUGGCCGGCCUUCCCGCAGCCGGAGCGGAGAAGGAGUCCUCGUGCUUGGAUACCUCACUCCUGCCCCAACCAGAGGACUGGAACGCCAAGCGCCGAUUUGAGAGGCGCUUCGACGAGUCCCUUAUUGUCGAGGUGGAGCUGGAGGGCGCCAUGGAUCGGUUCUCGCAGUUCUUCUUGACGCCUCUCUUUACGAAAUCGGCCACGGAGAGGGAGAUCAACGCUGUGGACAGCGAGCAUUCCAUGCGCAUCUCAGACGACGGCAGGAGGUCGUACGCAUCACUGCUGUUGGAUGCGAAUCCGAAACAUCCCCUUCACUGGGGCUCGGGCAAUGCGAAGUCCCUCCGAGAUGAGCCCAAGGCUCGAGGGGUCGAGCUGCACACGGAGGUCGUUCGCUUCUACAAGGAGAACUACACGGCCGAGGACAUGACCCUGGCAGUGCUUGGAAAUCAGCCUUUGGAUCAGCUGCGAAAGAUGAUCGAGGCGCGCUUCGAGGGCGUGGCCGUGACCGGCCAGCGGGCCUUACGCGGGGUUGGAACCGCCCAAGCACAUGUCGCGGCAGGGAAGCUGGGAACUUGGCAGAACACGUUGCGAACCUGCCCGCCCCUCCCCCACAGGACCAGCAUGGCGCUGGUGAGCCGGCGCUGCUACCGAAGGUGGGCAAUAGUGGGAGAUGCGCUGGUCGGGUAUGAGGGGACGGAGCCGCACUUGUGCUGGGGGGCUCGCAUGUCGGUUCUGGAGCAAGGCCCUGAUCUAAGCUUUGCGAUUUCUGGUGCGAGGAAAUGGGCAACGGCGCUGUCUGCCGGGGUCUCCGAGGUCGGCAGCUUCUCUCUCUUCCAGGUCACGAUCUCCUUGACAGAAGGCGGAUUAGAUCACGUCGCUGAGAUCGGGGAGCGCCUCUUUGCGUUCCUGAACCUGCUGCGUGCGAGUCCCAUCCAAACUCGAGUGCUCAAGGAGAUCCAGACACUUCGCGACCUGGACUUCCGCUUCUCUGACGACCUGCAGCCGUACACCCUGGUCAGUCAGCUGGCCAAGAGCCUGCAGGAGUAUCCUCCCGGGCAGGUGCUCUCGGCUCCAUACCGGCUACUCGAGAUGGACACUGUCGGAAUCCAGCGUUUCCUGGCACAUUUGACAGUGGGGGAUGCCCGUGUGGAGCUCGUCGCCAAGCAGCUGGAGCCACGCUGCACCUCCCAGGAUCCCUGGUAUGGCGGCAAGUUCCAACGGACGCAGGUCGAGGACGGAUGGACGAGAGCCUGGGGCGCUGUUGAGGAGUCAAAAGCGGCGACGCAGACGGCGGCCUCCUUGGGUUUGGCGCUGCCCCCGGUCAACGUCUUCGUUCCAGAGGACAUCACCGUCAAGACUGCCAGGUCUGUGGAGCUUCCGAUUGAGCUGCCGGCCUUCGGUUGCAUCCCGAAGGUCGAUCGCAACCUUCCGCUUCCACCGGCCGCGUUCGAUGCAGGACUCGGCGCUUGGUGCGCGUGCAUCGCGGAGGAGCUCAACGAGUACGCCUAUGACGCAGAGGAGGCAGGGCUGGCCUAUCGCCUCAUGUCAUCGGCACUUGGGGUGGACCUCCAGGUCGAUGGCUUCCACGACAAGAUGCCAGUUCUUCUGGAGGCCAUCGUGCGGAAGAUGGCAGGGGCGCCUUGUCCCGCCGAGAUCUCCGAGCAGUCGUUUACUGUGGUCAAAGAUCGGCUGCUGCGCGCCUAUCGCAACCAAGCAAGCAAGCAGAAGCCCACGGCCUUCGCGCUCCGGAAGUUCCGGGAACUCUUGGACGAGCCGCUUGGGCAAGUUUGCUUUGUGCGGUUCAUAAGCUUGGACGACUUGAGGAAUGAAGCAGCCAGGUUGUUUGCCAACUCGCCCGGCAACGCCGUGUUCUUGGGCAACGUGGAUGAGGAGCUGUUUGGGUACGACAGCCCUGGUUAUUUGCAGUUGCUGAUGCGUCGUCCCGACAUGUGCCUCAUCUCCCGGGAGGACUGCCGACGGCUGUCUGGCAUUCUCAGCGAAGGUCUCGGUCCACUCUGGCAAGGCACCAGCCAGGAGCCGAUGUUAGCAGUACACCAGCUGUUUCAGGGCGCACACUUUGGACUCUGUCCCUCGGGUGAGUUCAUCCCCUCCCCUUCCCAGUAUGAACAGCCCAUCAACUGUUAUGAGUAUGCUAUUAUGACGAACCCCAACCCAGACGACCGCAACAACUGCGUCGACGUGGUCUUCCAGGUGGAGGCCACCUUGGCGAACUCGUCCCUGAUGCAUCUCCUGGUUCGGCUGCUCAACAACAAGGUUUUCCUAGAGCUCCGCACGAAGCAGCAGCUGGGAUAUAUUGUGGACCUGAGCUACUCGGACGGCAACGGACUCUUGGACGGAUUCCUCCACCUCCAGUGCAUCCUACAGUCCGAGUUCAGGCCCGAGUACGUCCGAGGCACCCUGGCAUCACAGGAGCUGAGGAUUUACGGCUUGGAGAUGUUUGGAGUUUUGGGCUUCGGGGAGGAGGGGGAAGGGGGAUUGGUCUCGAUUCUCUCGGAAGCUCCUAAGAACCUCAGGGAGGAGAACUCCAGAUACUGGAACGAGGUCAGCCGCCAGCGAUACGACUUCGAGCGCCGCACACGAAAGUGCAAAGCAGUGGAGGGAACGAGCCUGGAGGACUUCCGACGCUUCGUGGCCCAGCUGCAUUCUGCACCGCAGCUGUGCAUCGAGGCCGGCCGGCUGUAG